AUGAAUCUCGGCGAAUCUUCAGAGGUUCGUCAGCGGAAAGGAAUCACAAAAUUAGUGGAAGAACUUGAUAUAUUCGAAAAAGUAGUUGAAAAUGUAAAGGAAGAGAAAAAGGCGUCGUCCGGAGCUAGUAAGUGCAACUAUACAUUAUGGUCUUGAUAUUGUAAUUUUAUUUUCCAGUCUCCUUCGUUUGUUUCGGCAUAAUUUUCGUAUUGUUUUGCACAGAAACCUAUGGAUUUAUCUUCAACAAGAAAUACGAUUAUAGGUUUACAGUAGACACCGAGAUGGAUGAGUAAGUUGGAUGUAAUGAAAAUAAUUGAUUUAUUGACUUUCUUGCUAUUGCAGAAUGCCAUUCUUAGACUUAGACAUGAUUAUUGCAACUCCAUGCUCGAUUUUGCAAGUAGCAAGUACGUCGGAUGAAUAUUCUGGUGGCGAUGGACUUUUAAAACAGACUAUCGUCAAAAAUCCAACCAGGUACAUUAUUUUCUUUGUCUUUCCCACUUGUUUGUACUAACAAUGUCUAUUCAGGUUCGAAUUCACGGAAGAAGAACAGAUGUACUGGACAAUUCUACGCCAUGCACACGACCAGUUUAAUAAUAAAGGCAUACGGGCGCUUGAAGAAGUAAUCAAUUAUUCCUAUCUAUUUCCGCUUUCUCAAACAUGUUUUUGACAGCUCGAAUAUGUUGAUGAUGACAUUGAAACCAACCUCGAGCACUUGGCAAAUGAGAAACAGGAACAAGAGGCGGCUGUGAUCAAGGAACAAAGAAAACGGAGUAAGCAGGGCAACAAUCGAGGGACCGGACAAAUUGUAAUUGAAAUAUAUGUAGUGUAGAGUAAUAUGAAUUAUUUUCAGAUGUUCCUAGUGAGCAACGGAAUGGGAAUGUUCCAGUUGGUAGCGGACGCUGGAAAUGACGGCGAAGAAGGUAUGUUGUUACGAAUUUUACUGAAAAAUUUAUAUUACCAUUGAAACCGGUGUAGCCAUGUUGUUCUGCUGCUUUUUUAAGAUUUUGCUAUAAAUUCAUCCUGAAAAUUUCAUAGCCAGCAGGCUUGUGAAUAAUGCAUUAAUGUAAGAUGUUGUUAAUUUUUUCAUAAAAAUUCAUCAAAUUAUAUGAAUUAUAUAAUUUUGACUUCCUCCUUUAGUUUAGCAAGAGAAUUAUAUAGCAGCCAAAUCAAACAGAGAUCAGUUAAAAAAUGAUCUUUGGAUGAACAAUAUGAAAUCUUGAAUUUCAGGUAAGGCAUGUCGACUUCACGGAAAAUUCCGAGUACGCAAAGGACGAGAAGAAAAAAUUGUGAUGUCUAUUCACAACCCAUUAAUGAUGUUCGAUCAUCAAGCGGGAGCCAAUCAACCUGGAAACAUUUCUCACCGAAUUGAAAAAUUCAACUUCGGACCUCGAAUUCCUGGUCUGGUGACUCCGUUGGCAGGAGCUGAACACAUAAGUUAUUCUGGUGAGACCAGAGCAAAACGUUUUGUGGUCCUAAUAAACUCCUUCAGGUCAAGACAUUUACCGAUACUUUAUCAAAGUAGUGCCAACUAAAAUAUAUGGUUAUUUUGGAUACACUAUGUCAUAUCAGUAUUCGGUUACUUUUUUGGUAAGUUUUAAUUAAGAGAAGUGGGGACACGAAAAACUUCAUUCUAGAAAAAAGAGCUUAAAGAAGGCGAGCAUUCUCACGGCGGAAUUCUAUUCGAGUACGAGUUCACGGCAAAUGUCAUUGAGAUUCACAAGUCAUCAGCGUGAGUAGACAGAUAAUUCGAAUAAUGACUUUCUCAAAAAUUAAUGUCUUUCAGAACGUUUGUGUCCUAUAUCAUCAGAAUUUGCUCAAUUCUGGGAGGAGUUUAUGCAACCAGCACCAUUGUCAACAUAAUCGUACAAAUCCUUUUAUCAUUUCUCUAUCCUCAGAGCGAGAAUUUGAAAAACUAUCAAAAUUUGCGGGAUUCCAGAACUACGGUUUCAACUGACGGACCACCUGCUUUCGUUAUGGAUGCCAAUAUGAAAGUUCAUUAA